CCCCCCCCCCACCCUUUAAAAAGCGUUACAUAAUUUGGUAAUGUCCCCAAACAUAUUUACAUUUCAUUCGGUGAACUUGAUCAAGUUAAAAAUCAUUAAAUUAAAUGAGAACUACACGAUGAUCUUCAAAAGAAUUGCUUUAGGCUUAAGCGGCGGUGUUGACAGUGCUGUUUCUGCUUAUUUGUUGAAGAGAAAAGGCUUUGAAAUUUGUGGAAUUUAUAUGAAAAAUUGGGAUGAUCGUGAUGAAAAAGGAUAUUGUUCUAGUGACAGAGAGCUUGAGGAUGCACAAUUCGUAGCUGACAGGCUGAAAAUUCCAUUAAUGGAAGUGAAUUUCGUGAAAGAAUAUUGGAAUGACAUUUUUUCGAACUUCAUCAAAGAGUACGAGGAAGGGAUCACACCAAAUCCAGAUGUUCUUUGCAACAGAAUCAUUAAAUUUGAUCUUUUCUACAAAGCAGCUAUUGACAAGUUUGGAUGUGACGCAAUUGCAACGGGACAUUAUGCAAGAACAUCUUUUGGGAGCUUCUUAGAGCAUUACAAUGAACAAAAGACUGUCAAGCUAUUAGAAUCUGUCGAUACGUUUAAGGAUCAGACAUUUUUCCUAUCGCAAGUGCCACAGAAAGCCUUAAAGAAAUGCAUGUUCCCUGUUGGUUCUCUGACAAAAGGGCAAGUCAAGGAGAUUGCAAGUGAAAUUGGACUUAAGAAUAUAGCCAAGAAAGUUGAGUCGACAGGACUUUGUUUUGUCGGUAAAAGGACAUUUCAGUCAUUCAUAGCUGAAUUUAUUGACGACAAGCCUGGGCAAUUUGUUGAUAUUGACACUGGAAAGGUCCUUGGAGAGCAUCGAGGAAUUCAUCAUUGGACUUUAGGACAGCGAACGAGAAUGUGGGGUACAAAGGGAUAUUUUGUGUACAAGAAAGAUCCAGUGACGCAGAUUAUUUAUGCAGCAUCAGGUACAGAUCACCAUCUUCUAUGGAGUGACAUAUUCUAUACAGAAAAUCCAUUCUGGAUUCGAGAGAAUCCAUUCAGCAACCAGAACAUUCUCAAAUGUGACUUCAGAUUUCAACACACAAAGCCAAAAGUAAACUGUACUGUCUAUAAAGCAAAUGAUAAAGGCGAUAAGCUGCUCGUGAAAUUAGACGAACCUUUAAGAUCAAUCACACCUGGUCAGUAUGCUGUGCUCUACAAAGAUGGUGAAUGCCUUGGAAGUUCGAGAAUAACAGAUGCAGGAACUGGUCCAAUGGAGAAUCAGCAUCAAAUUAGUGAAAAUGAUAAAGUUAAUGAAAUUAGGCAAAUAAAUUAGAAUAUUAAAAUGAAAUGAGAAGAAAAGUCAA